CCGACUCACACGUCGUGCCGGGCGCCAUCCGGGCCGUCCGUCGCCAGGCGAGCGGAUUAUAUAUGUGCCGUGGCCACACGCUCUCUCGUCGGAGGAGUGGUGGUUGCUCCUAGUCGCAGACUUCUUUAUUAAUCUCAAUCUGGAUCCGGGCACGGGGAGCGAUUGACUGAUCGACGAGACUCGAGAGCCUGGAGAGCCGGGGGUUUCGCUUCUCGUUGCGUUUGGAGUCUUGCCGGGUCUCGGUUUUCGAGCAGAUCCAGGGAACACCGGUUUUCCUUUGAUUUUGCCGAAAUUUUUGAUCUGAUCGGAGCGAUCCCGGAGCUUCGCAAGGAGCAAGGCAUUUUUCUGGGGGCCAUGGCCAUGGGGCUCGGCCGAUUCACACACUGGCUCUGGCCCGGUAACGCCGCGCGAGUUGGCAACCACGAGCUCCCCGGCAUCGCCUUGACGGGCGCCUCCUUCCCGGAGUUCCCCUCCGGGUUCCGUGAGGCGGACGCUAUCGCCUUCUCCAGUGCCGCCGCCGGCCGCCGCACGCGGCCGAGGAGGGUCAAGAACCAGCGGCGCAGUCGCGGGGAGCCCAGAAUCGACAGGGAGUACGACAUGGUCAUCGUGCCGUCCGACGGCGGCGGGUGCCUUUCCGGGUCCGAGUCCGACGACUCCGACUGGUCCAUCGGCUGGCUGGAGCCGCAGGCGCCGGAGAUGCAGACGGACGGUGACCAGGAGACCUCCUUCGCCGUCCUCGUGCCCUGCUACCGCCACGGCCGCGCCGAGCAGCCCGCGAUGCCCCAGGGACGCUUCCUUGGCGCUGGCCCUCUCGCCGAUGGCGGCCUCUCUGAUGGAAAGAAUUUUGUAGAGCAGUGGCUUUCUUCCCUCCAGAACUGAUAUCUGGAAUCUCCGUUAGCUAUGUUGUAUAUAUUAUUGCUCAGUAUCAUUAUCGAUGAAGGAAGACAUCAAAACCCAAAAAAAUGAGAAAAUGGAAAAAGAACAAAAAGAGGAGCAGCGGAAUUUUGAAGCAGCACUGAACGGGUUUGUCCUUCCGGAGGUUUCAAGGCUAAUUCUACUCAUUGCAAAGCAAGGCCAAUGCUGAACAAGACCAGCUGCGCUGCGGGUCGUAGAAGACACAUUCAUUCUUAUUAACCAAUCUACGACAACAUUUGUAGAUAUUAUUUGGUAUCACAUCGUUCAUUUUGUCCCACUUUGAUUCUGGACCUCGACCCUGCUACUGGCAUGUGUAUAUAUGGUGUCAUUUGCCGUGUAUAUAUAAGCUGCAGAUGUGCAGCUCCUCAGUGUGCGUGUGUGUUGAUGUAGAUCGGAACAGGAUUGCUCCUUGUGAAAUUCAGAUGUAUAUAAGCUUUUUGCGUUUUUGUGGAACAA